AUGGCUGUCACUCGUGAUACUUACAACCAGCAAACGCUGGGCGCAAACCUUAACGAUAAGCUCAAUCAGUCCAAGAUUCUCAUGGUUGGAGCGGGAGGAAUCGGAUGCGAGCUCUUGAAGAACCUAGUCCUCAGCGGCUUCCGCGACGUCCACAUCGUUGACCUCGACACGAUUGAUCUCUCGAACCUUAACCGACAAUUCCUCUUCCGACACGAACACAUCAAGAAGUCGAAGUCUCUGGUUGCGAAGGAAGUUGCACAAAAGUUCAACCCCGACGCCCAGAUCAUCGCAUAUCACGCAAAUAUCAAAGACAGCCAAUUCGGAGUCGAAUGGUUUCGGGGAUUCAACCUGGUGUUCAAUGCGCUCGACAACCUCGAUGCGCGACGCCACGUCAACAAGAUGUGCCUCGCUGCGGACGUACCGCUAAUCGAGAGCGGCACGACGGGCUUCAACGGGCAGGUUCAGGUCAUCAAGAAGGGCGUGACUGCUUGCUAUGACUGUAGCCCCAAGGAUACUCCAAAGUCUUUUCCUGUCUGCACCAUUCGCAGCACACCUAGCCAGCCCAUCCACUGCAUCGUGUGGGGCAAGAGCUAUCUUCUAAAUGAGAUAUUCGGCACUAGCGAGGAUGAAUCCGCAUUCGACCACUCCGUGGACGCCGAUAAUGCGCAAGAAAUCGAAGAGUUGAGGAGGGAGUCGGCGGCUCUUCGAAAGAUCCGAAAUUCUGUCGGCACCCCGGAAUUCCCCCAGAUGCUCUUCGACAAGGUUUUCUACACAGACAUCGAAAGGCUACGCUCCAUGGAGGACAUGUGGAAGUCACGAAAAGCCCCGGACGCGGUCAAGCACGACGAUCUUCUGAGCAAGGCCUCAGAGGCGCUCGCCGCGAAGGACUCGCUUCUCCACGAUGGCCAAAGGGUGUGGACUCUAGAGGAGAGCUUGGUGGUAUUCCGGGAUAGUUUGGACCGGCUCAGCAAGCGAGUUCUGGAGAUGAAGAAGAACAAAAAGCCCGAGGACCCCGAGCCCAUCAUCGCCUUUGAUAAGGAUGAUGUGGACACGCUUGAUUUCGUAGCGGCGAGUGCCAAUAUCCGGUCAACUCUCUUUGGUAUUGACCGGAAAUCGCGGUUCGAUAUUAAGCAGAUGGCUGGAAAUAUUAUUCCUGCUAUUGCGACGACGAAUGCCAUCGUUGCUGGAUUAUGUGUACUACAGGCGUUCAAGGUUCUCAAGGGAGAGUAUGACCAGGUCAAGGAGGUCUUCUUAACGCCUUUCGCUUCCGCCCGACUCCUUGCGAGUGACAGAUCUCGCGCGCCAAACCCCAAUUGCCCGGUAUGCGGCACCUAUCAGACGAGCGCCUACGUCGACAUGACGCGGGCGACUCUCAACGAUCUUGUUGAGGACUUUGUGAGGCUCGGGUUGGGUUAUGGUGACAAGGAGUUUAUUGUCAGCAACGAAGUUGGCAUCCUCUACGAUGUUGAUGAAACGGAAAACCUCAAUAAGAAGCUGACUGAGCUUGGUAUCCACAAGGACUCAUUUUUGACCAUUGUUGACGAGGACGACGAUGACCCCUUCGUAAAUGUCCUGGUCAAUAUCCAAGAUUUGAAAGAACCCGAUGAAAAGCCAAUCAAGGGUAUCGCCACGGACCAAGCUCCAUCUAUUCCCAGGAAACCCAAGGCAGAGCCGCCUCCAGAAGCCGUAAUAACUAACGGAAAGUCCGGCGCCAAUGGAGUCCAUGCGACCGAGCUCGAUGCCGCGAAGUCGCUCAAGCGCGCCCGUUCUGACGAUGAUGACGAUGUGCUAGAGGUUAAAAAGGCCAAGACGUCGCAAGUGGACGUACCGGACGACGAUGUCGUCAUUAUCGAGGACGAGGGCGCGAUCUUGAUCGACGAUUGA